AUGUCAUCAACUGAAGCAUCGGCUAUUAAAUCAGAUUCGGAUAUCGAACGUCUUAUACUUCGCCCACAACGACCACCACCACCGCCACCCACACAAUCUGAACCUUCAAUUCCCAUGGACUUGAAGAGAGUAUCUUUUGAAUUUGAGACUACAUCUUCAUCAACAGAUAUAUCCAAUGAAUCUAACAAAGAUGUAAAAGAUAAUCAAUCAUCAUUUCUGUUCGAAUUCAAAGAUCUAUUCGAUUCAUUUGAUUAUGAAAUAAUUCGUAAUAAAAUUUUAAGUCGACAGAUGACAACGUGUCCAUUUACUACUGUUUUAUGGCGUAUAUUUUUACAUUGUUUACCACGUGACUCCAGUCAAUGGAAUCAAAUAAUUGAUGCAUCACGUGAUCAUUAUAAUGAACUUGUUGAUAAAUAUCUUCUUGAUUUAAGAAAAAUCCGAGAAAAUAAUGGUAAAUCAAAAGAUCUCAAUCAUCCACUUUCUCAAGAAGAAAAUAGUCUUUGGAAUCAGUACUAUGUUUAUGAGGAGCUCAAAGAAAAUAUUUAUCAAGAUGUUAUACGAACUUGUCAAGAAAUAGCGUUUUUUCGACAAAAAUACGUUCUUGAUCUUUUAUUAAGUAUUUUAUAUAUUCAUAGUCGACAUUACGGACAAUCCUUACCCUAUCGACAAGGUAUGCAUGAAAUUCUCGCUGUUAUUGUUUAUUUAAUUCAUUUGGAAAGUAUAACAGUAAAUGAAUAUUCUGAAUCGAAUGAAUUAAUGAAAAAACUUUAUGAUCCAGUAUAUCUUGCUCAUGAUUCUUUCGCAAUUUAUGAGAAAAUUAUGGAACAUCUUCAACCAUUUUAUGAUUUUAAAUCAAAUAACUUAGGCAUACGUAAAAAUAUCAAUAUAAAUGUUAAUAAACAUCUACCAUUUCAACGAUCACAUGAUGUACAAGUUCAAAUGAAUGAUACGGUCAUGAGAGUGAACUCUAUUUUUGAACGUUUAAAAAACUAUGAUUUGGAGUUGUAUGAUAAACUUCAAAAUUUAAGCAUUGAACCGACAGUCUACGGCAUACGUUGGCUUCGACUUCUAUUUGGACGUGAAGUUCCCUUUGGUUCUAUUCCAAUUCAAACACAUGGUGUCUUAGAAUAUAGUUGUUGUUUACAAUAUCUCAUGCAACCCAAUGUUAUUUCUAAUGUUGAAAAUGUCAUUCAAAAUGCGCUUAGCUUAGAAAAAUAUUCUCGAACUAAACAAUUUCAACGUUCAUCAUCAAAUAUUUCUUCAGAAUCAACGCAAAAUCGUUCAGUUAUAACAGAUGUACAAAAGUCUACAUCACCUAUACAAAGUUUUUCACUAAACCCUCUAAUAGAUUCAAUAAAAAGCAAUUCUACAAGUCGAUUAAUGUCAUUAUCCCAAAUGUCAAAACCUGCUUCUUUUAAUCCACCAAAAGAUUCUGAAAUGGACAUCUGUCCUGGAAAAGAAACACGUCAACAAUUUGAUAAUAAUGUUCAAAUACAAAAGUAUUGUGCUGAAUUUAUGAAUAAGUUUAUUAAUCGAAUACAAAGUCGUAUAUGUGAUUUACAAGUUCCAAAUGAAGAAGUAUUGAUUCAAUUGAAUGGCUUGAAACAAAUUGCUAAUAUAUUGGAAGGCAAAUUAAUGUAUGAUGAUCAUUCUCUUCAAGCUCUUCUCAAUUAUCAAUGUAAAGAAAAAUCGGUUGAAAAUGAUAUUAAUGAUACAGCUUGA